AAAUAAAUGAAUAAAUAAAUAGUGGAAAUGUAUAAUUUUCGUCUGAUCUGCCUUGGGCUCCACUUUUCAUUUUAUUAUAAUCAGAACCGCGUGACCGUGUCAACCUGUAGUACAAAAGUUGGUCUUCUUUGCGAAAGCUAAGCUCAAUUAUAUUUUUCUCCGAUCUAGUUUGUAGUAAAGUACUGUAACUAUUUUCUGAUAACUAUUUUCGGUGUGCAUCUUCACCGAGGAGGAGAGUCUUCGAUCUGUCAUCUCUGAGUCUGGUUAUAGCAAGAGAAAUGGCUUCUUCCUCUCUUUCUCUUGAAGAAAAGUAUGACGUGUUUCUCAGUUUCAGAGGUGAGGACACGCGCAAUACAUUCGCUAGCUAUCUUUACGCAGCUUUAUCAGCAAAGCAGAUCUUAACUUUCAUGGAUCACGAGCUUGAGAGAGGGGAUGAAAUUUCACCCACACUUAGCAACGCCAUCGAAGAAUCUAAGAUUUCGGUAAUCAUUUUCUCGGAAAACUAUUCUUCGUCCACAUGGUGUUUGGAUGAACUUGUGCAUAUACUUGAAUGCAAGAAAACAAGAGGGCAGAUUGUUAUGCCAAUCUUCUACGGCGUAGAUCCAUCGGUUGUACGAAAACAGAGAGGGAGCUAUGGAGCUUCAUUUGCUGAACUUGAAGAACGUUUCAAAGAUAGAAUGGAGAAGAUGCACCAGUGGAAGGCUGCGUUGACAGAAGCCUCUAAUCUAUGCGGGUUGGAUUCGAAGGAUUUCAGGCCGGAAAACAAAUUAGUUCAAAAAAUUGUUGAAGACAUUUCAUUAAAAUUGCCGAAAUAUCUAUCGAUGGAUGAGCAUUUCAAGGGACGUUUUAUUGGAAUUGAAAAGCAUAUCAAAAAAAUUGAAUUGCUAUUAUCCAUUGGCACAAAAGAUAUUCGCAUUAUAGGUAUCUGGGGAAUGGCAGGUAUUGGCAAGACAACCCUUGCUAGUGCCAUAUUUCAAAGAUUUUCAUAUUUUCAAUUUGAAAGUUACUGCUUUCUUUGGAAUGUUAGGGAAGAAUAUUUAAGACAUGGACCAAAUCAUUUGAGAAAGAAACUUCUGUCUGAGUUAUUAAGUGAUGAAUCUAUUCUAAGGAUGGAUACCCCAUUUGUAGCAUCAUCUUUUAUUCGUAAAAAACUCUGCCGUAAAAAGGUCCUUAUUGUUCUAGAUGAUGUGGAUAGUUCAAUCAAAUUAGAAGCCUUAGUAGAGGGAUAUGAUCACUUUGCACCUGGGAGUAGAAUCAUUAUCACAACUAGAAACAGGCAAGUGCUAAUUAAAAAAGAAGCUGAUGAUAUUUACAAGCUUGAAGGGUUGAAUGAGAUUGAAUCUUUAGAGCUUUUCAAUUUGCAUGCUUUUGGAAAAAGUUCUCCUCCAAAAGAUUAUGAAAUGCUGUUAAACCAUGUGACCAGCUAUGCUGAUGGAAAUCCAUUAGCUCUGAAAGUCUUGGGUUCUUUCUUGCAUUCCAAAAGCACAGAUGAAUGGGAAAGUGCAUUAAAUAAACUGAAAAAAAUUCCUAACAAGGACAUUUUAGAUGUUCUGAGAAUCAGUUACGAUGGACUAGAUGAUAAAGGGGUCCAAAAUCUAUUUCUUGACAUUGCAUGUCUAAUUGAUCAAUCUUUUACCAGAGAUGAUGUAGAAAACAUGUUAGAUGUGGGUGAUUCAUUUGUGAAAAUAGGAUUAACUGUUCUUAUUGAAAAGUCUUUGAUUGAAUGUCGUAAAGACAACGAGCUAUGGAUGCACGAUUUGUUGCGGCAGGUGGGUAAGACAAUUGUCUGUGAUGAACACAAAGAACCUGGCAAACGUAGUCGAUUGUGGGAUGUUGAAGAUGUUUGCCAUGUCUUGGAAAGAAAUACAGGAACUGCAGCGGUUGAAGGCAUCUCAUUCAACAUGUCUGAAAUUCAUAAAGACAUAAAAUUGUGCCAUGCAACCUUCUCAGAGAUGUAUAAUCUACGAAUUCUCAAAAUUUGUUCUGACAAUAUUGGUAAUAAGUUCAAACUGUACCUCCCCCAAGGUCUUGGUUCUUAUCUUCCUGAUAAGUUAACAUAUCUUCAAUGGGAUUUGUAUCCUUUAAAAUCUUUGCCAUCAAAUUUUUCUCCUGAAAAUCUUGUUGAACUGGUACUACGUGGCAGUCAUGUUCGAAAACUUUGGGACAAUCAUGAAGUUAAGUCUCUUCCAGUGUUAAGAAGGAUCGAUCUCAGUUAUUCCAAGUUCCUUAUUCAACUACCAGAUCUGUCACAGUCUUCAGAUCUGGAAAGUAUAAAUCUUGAAGGGUGUACAAGUUUGGUUCAGGUUCUUUCAUCUCUUCAAAAUCUUGAGAAGCUUACUUAUCUAAAUCUAAAUGGCUGCUCCAAACUCAGAGAUCUUGAAGAUAUAUCAAAGAGAACAGAGGGAUACUUGGAUGCUGCAAGGCUAGGAGGCGUUAAGAAUCUUUGGAAGGAUUUCACAUAUCUCAAAAGUUGCAUCCAAAGUUUUACAGGCAAUUUAUGUCUCUACUCAUCUCAGGCUCACAUUUCUCAAAAGUUUGCACCCAAUAUAAGAUAUUUAGAUUUGAGUGAGACAGCAAUAGAAACCGUGCCCCCAUCAAUUGAGUAUCUGUUGGGUCUUGUUAAAUUAGAUUUGUCAUAUUGUAAAAGACUUAAAAGUUUUCCAACAAGCAUUUGUCAUUUGAAUUCUCUUGAAUCAUUAGAUCUACGUGGUUGUGAGAAAUUGAAAACGUUUCCAGAAAUCUUGGAGCCCAUGGAACACUUGAGAAAACUUUUGUUAUCUUUCUCAGGGAUUAAAGAGUUGCCAGAGUCCAUUGAAAAUCUAGUAUCCCUCGAAGAUUUAUUUAUAGAUAGUUGUAAGGAUCUUGAGUUUCUCCCCAACAGUCUAUGUAAUUUAAGGAACCUUGAGACGAUAGGGCUUCACUUCUGUUCAAAAAUUCAAAAAUUGCCUUCCCUUCCACCGUCUUUGCACCAAUUGCAGGUGGAUAAUUGUGAGAGAUUGAAAUCUUUACCGGAGCUUCCAUCGCUGUGUUUUGAUUUGUCUGCAAUUGGCUGCACAUCACUGGAGAACAUUUCAAAAUGGAGGGCUCCACUAUUACACCAUCUGGCCGAUUACAUUGUAGAUAGGUAUUUUGAUGAUUAUAUUGACUUUUACGGAUGUGAAAAAUUGGAUCAGAAUACACACAACACCAUGAUAGCUCAUCGUGCAAUAAUUCAAAUUCUGGCUCGUAUAAAAUUUGGAAGGGUCAGACCUUAUCACAGUUUUUUCUACCCAGGAGAUGAAAUUCCGGAGUGGUUCAACCAUCAAACUUGUGGGACUUCAAUCAAUAAUAUUAUGCUUCCUCCAUAUUGGAAUGACGGUGACUUCUUGGCUUUAGCUUUCUGUAUUGUUUUUCAUUGGAAUAAAAUUGACAGAAAUGCAACGUUAGAUACUAGUUGUAAACUGAAUUUCAAAACCAUCGAUGAUGGUAGUCUUUACGAAUAUCAUAAUUAUACUUCGUCCCACAAGUAUAACAAGUUCAGUUCAGAUCACGUGUUCAUUUGGUAUGUAGAAAGACUGUCUUUGGAAUCUAGCAAAGAAAUGAAUGGACUAGAUUGGCCCUCUACUUGUAGUACUGAGGCCUCUUUCCAUGUCUGUCCUGUUUAUCCAUUUUUAGGCAAUGUCAACAACAAUGAAAGUGAGUAUGGCGAGAUUAAGAAGUUUGGGGUUCGGUUUGUAUACAAACAAGACAUGGAGAGAUGUGAUGCAGAAACCGAAAGAAAGAAUAAGAGAAACUUCAAUGAAUGUUGUGAAUCAAGUGGAAGUGAAGCUGUUGGCUCUCUUGAGGUAGAAGACGAUGGUGAAUCACAUUCUAAGAAACUUAAGCUUAUGUGACAGUCUUGAAAAUGCAGAGCAAUUGAACAUUGGGGAACCGAAAAAACAGAACAUUGCCAUGAUACAACUUCAAGACAUGCUUUGCUGCUACUUAUGAAAUCAUUGUUGGCUCUGAUGGAUAAGGAAUAAGAAAAUCAAAGCAUAUUCCGCGUAUGUUAAUAGGAGUUAAUAUACACUGUUUACAACAUGCAUUUUGUAGUAUUUUAGUGGCAAGUUAUUAACUAAUAAGUUAAUAAAUGUAAGGUAAUUUUUAAAGGAAAAUUUUGUGAUACUCGCCGAGGGAAAAUAAAAAUAUUUUGUUAUGAAAUGUAUUUUGAUGGAUUUUUCAUGUAUGUAUAUUGGUGAAUUUUGUAGUGUC